GGCUAUUUCUUUCUUUUCUUUUCUUUUCUUCUUUCGCUAUGCUAUUUAAAUUAUCGAGCAUUGCGGCGUCAGCCACCGUCCUCUCACGUACUAUCCUCCCAGCGUUGGCCACGCUAUACACUGAUCCCUCGUCCCUUCCGAAGAAGUCAUAUGACUACAUCGUUAUUGGUGCGGGCGCUGGUGGUCCCGUCAUCGCCAACCGACUCAGCGAGGACUCUGAUGUGGAGGUUUUGCUCAUUGAGGCCGGUGUCAACAAUGCGGGAUUGACCAACGUUGAAAUUCCAUUUUUCGAUGUUCAGCUCUCCCCAUUAAAGGCUAUCGACUGGAACUACACUACGACUUCGCAGGAUGGACUAGCUGGUCACGUUAUACAGUACCCACGAGGAAAGAUCCUUGGAGGCUCCACGUCUAUCAACUACAUGAUUUACAGCCGUGGAUCUUCCGAUGACUUUGACCGUUAUGCCAACAUCACUGGGGACAAUGGUCUAAGUUGGAACGCCCUUCAGCCAUACAUUCAUAAGCACGAGGCCUUCUCUCGUCCGGCAGAUGGUCACAAUACAACUGGGCAGUAUAUUCCCUCUGCGCAUGGAACCUCUGGGCCUGUGGGCGUCACGUUGCCGAAUUUCCCUUUGGGAAUCGACUCGAGGGUCAUAGCAACGACACAACAACUUCCCAACGAGUUUCCGUUUCAGGAGGACAUGAAUGCCGGUAACACCCUUGGUAUCGGUUGGACCCAGAAUACAGUCCAAGGGGGAGAGCGCGUCAGCUCCGCAACCGCUUACAUCCAGCCGUACUUGUCCCGAUCAAAUUUCGACGUUCUGAUCAACACGCAAGCUACAAAGCUUAUCCAAACUGGUACUGAGAAAGGUGUACCCGCUUUCCGUGGGGUUCAGUUUGCCACUUCGAAAGACGCUCCCCUUUACGCCCUGAAUGCCACGAAGGAGGUCAUUCUCGCUGCCGGCGCCUUUUCAACUCCGCAAUUGCUCAUGCUGUCUGGCAUUGGUCCCACCGAUGAGCUCUCACGCUUGGGUAUCAAGACUGUUGUGGACAGCCCCGAUGUCGGAAACAACCUCCACGACCAUCCUCUGCUUUCCAACGUCUACGAAGUCAACGCAACUGGAACCGUCACCACCGACGAUCUGUCGCAGAACUCCAGUUUCGCAAAUGUUGAACUCGAUCUGUGGACCAACGAGAAGCAGGGUUUCUACACGAUGGCUAUCUCCAACCACAUCGGUUGGUUCCGGCUGCCAGACAACUCGUCUAUUCUCAAGACUGAGAUAGACUUCGCUGCUGGCCCAACUUCUAGCCACUACGAGUUCUUGAUUUUCAACGGCUUCGUUAACCCCUUCGGCGAGAGUGUGUCGUCUGGACAUUACCUCUCUAUGAUUACCGCAGUAACAUCACCAUCGUCUCGGGGCAACCUGACUCUCACAUCCACCUCGCCAUGGGACUUCCCACUCAUCAAUCCUGCUAUCCUCACCUCGCCUCUCGAUAUCUAUGUCAUGCGUGAGUCUAUCAAGGCAACAAAGCGUAUGCUGGCGGCCCCUGCUUGGGAUGGAUAUGUCAUCGGCCCUCACGGAGACCUCGCGAACGCAACCACCGAUGAAGAGAUUGAGGCAUAUGCGGCUAAAAACACCGCCAGCUUCAAUCAUCCCCUCGGUACAGCCGCCAUGGGUCCCCCUGGUGCACCGGCGAAGGGCAAGGGUGUUGUUGGUCCAGAUUUGACCGUCAAAGGCGUCAAGGGUCUGCGGGUUGUCGAUGCGAGCGUCCUGACAUACAUUCCAGCUGCUGCUCCCCAGGCUGCAAUCUACAUUAUAGCCGAACGGACCGCCGACCUCAUCAAAGCUGCCAACAAGGACCGGAAACACCGCCCAUAAACUCGAAACAUCUUGUCUGCCAGUAGAAACGCCAAACUCACGCGCGGUGCGCGAUUCUCUAUGUAAUCAUUUGCUUAUUUCCAGUGCGCUAGUUCAGCACCUCCCUCCCUCUUUGGUUUAUCCUCAUACUAUCUAUUUGGAUUCAUCCUUGCAUUAUUAACACCGACCACACAGACGUUCAGAUUCUUUCUUUAUUCUCUUGGAAGAUAACCUAUAAUUUAUCGUCUUACUCGCAUACAUAAUGGACUAGAGUUUCACGGGGUCAUCACACUAUCAAUUCAUCCUGCAUUUGCUCGGACUUUC